UACUAGCUUUUGACCUCUAACGAGAUAAGGGUGGUAUAAGACACAUCCGUGGGGCGUCCAAGGGUCCUCGUCAGUUGGUUMAUACGAAAAGAACUUGAUUAUAGACAAGCCAAGGCACGAAUAUGGCGAAUUCACCCAAAAAGAGCAAAUGUUUACAGAUGGAGAAGGAAAGGUCGGAAUUUGACGAUGUUUUCAAGCACAACAUCAAGGAGUUCGGCUGUUAUCAGAACGUUUUGUACUGGUUGACAUUCUACCUAUUUAUUCCUAUGGGCCUGCAGUUUGGUCUUAUGGUGUUUGUGACAGGGACGCCUAAUUUCCAUUGUGCAACGGUUAACGUGACGUGUGAACGUGGAAAAUGUUGCGAUGAAUGUACAGAGUACAUCUUUGAUGGGCCAUUUACGAGCAUUGUUUCUGAGUGGAAUCUUAUCUGUGACCGCGCAAAUCUAGGUGCUACUUCACAAGCAGUGUUUCUGGCAGGAAUGUUUUUUGGUUCUCUCAUAUCUGGCAUCGUGUCUGAUUAUUUUGGUCGACGCAUAUGUUUAUUUUCUAGUCUGUUACUUAUGGUUCUCUGUACAAGUAUCUCAUCAGCCGUAGAUUGUUUAUCUCUGUUUCUUCUCCUUCGCUUUGGUUCAGGCUUCUCGCUACCAGGUGUCAUGGUGACCCAGUAUGUCUAUGUCAUGGAAUUGGUCGGACCAUCAAAACGAACGCUGUCUGGUAAAGUCACUGAUUUUGGCUGGGUUCUUGGUGCCUGCUUCACUGCAAUGCUUGGUUACCUGAUAAGAGAAUGGCGGGUGUUGCUUUUGGUCGGCAGUGCGCCCGGUCUUUUAUUUCUCUUCGCCUUCAAAUUUAUACCGGAAACAGCUCGCUGGCUUUUUGCGCACGACAAACUCGAUGACGCGCAUGCUGUUUUGAUGAAGUGCGCUGACAAGGAGCGCGUAAAUCCUGGUGAGGUUCGUAAGGUUUUGGAAGAUCUGAAGGAAGACGAACGAGAAAGGGCAAAGAUCGAUGUAAAGAAAGUGUCGCCUCUGGAUAUGAUCAAGACACCCAAACUACGGAAAAGAACAAUCAUUUUGUGCUACAACUGGUUUGUUGUCAGUAUCGUCUAUUUCGGGUUCGUUCUUUACGUCACUAGUUUGUCAGGGGAUGUCUACAUGAACUUUUUCCUCAUGUCAGUCAUUGAUCUCGUGCACACUCCUAUCGUCUGGUUUGUUCUGCAGAAGUUUGGUCGUCGGAUUUCUUACUUUUCUAUCAUGAUGAUUGGUGGCGUGGCAUGUAUAUUGGUGUUAGCUGUGCCCAAAGAAUAUACUGCAUUGGUAACAACUAUUGCUAUGAUUGGAAAGUUUUGCGAUACAGCCGCCUUCUCUAACAUAUACCUGUACACCAGUGAACUGUACCCAACCGYCAUCAGAAACACUGCCAUGGGAACCCUAUCAAUGUGUGCACGCAUUGGUGGGAUUAUAGCACCCUACAUAGUCAUGAUGGCGCAGCUUCCAGGCAUAAAUCUGACGCUCCCUAUAGCGAUAUUUGGCAUUUGCACAGUGACUGCUGGGAUAGCAUCACUAUGGUUACCCGAAACACUAAAUUCUGGUAUGCAGCAAACUAUCGAAGAGGCGGAAGAAGCUCCAGAAGACUACAGCAUUCCUUUCUGUGGGAAACCGAGGGUCGUGGAAGCGAAUGACGGGGAUGUAAAUCCUGAUGAAUGUGAGAGCGCUAUGUGAUGAAUGCUGUGGAAUAUACCCCUGUGUUCCUUGAUCACAAACKCAUUUUUACUCAGGCUUAACCUCGAAUCAGUGUCUAAAUAUUCAYAAAUACCAACGGUAAAGUAAAKAAUUCACAACUUGAACAACACAAACACUUUGAAAUUCCACCCACCUUCAAUGGAACGCACGAAUAUUCUACUCUAAAUCGAGCCUAACCUUAAGCAAUAGAGAACUCGAAACUCGUAUAUUGAGAUAUAGAAAUAUAGAUAAGUUAUAAUGCUUGGGAACGAGGUUAUUCUAGGUGAAAGCCCUUGGAAUUAAAUUCGGAAAAAUUAAUUUCCGACCU